AUGGCCGGCAGAGGCCACAUUCAACCCAGUGCCCUGGCCACAGCCCUGCGACUCACCCUGGCAUUCAUCCUGCUGGGGGUCUAUGGAGGGAGCCACCCACUCCAAGCUAGGUCCUGGGGACAUCACAAGCUGGCUGCCAAUCUGGGUAUAAGCCAGCUGCACCUGGCAGGGGACAAUCAGGCCUCAGUUCCCCAACCUUAUCUGAGGAUACAAGACUCUGGCUCACGGGCGUCCCCAAAGCCAGAACCUUGUUGUCACGCAGAGAUAAAUAUGCCAGAUGCAUUGGGCCCUGGGAUCCUUCCAGAGAGCUGUGGGGCGCCGAGCCCAGGAUGUGAGUCCUUCCUGGGACACCUCCAACGCGCCCUCCGCAAUCGCUUUCGCCUGCUGCUGUUGGGGGUACGACAAGGGCAACCGCUCUGCGCGGAGCUCUGCCAGGCCUGGUUCACCACCUGCGAAGCUGAUCUCACCUGCGGCCCAACCUGGCUGCCGCCCUCAGAGAAGAGGGGCUGCGAGCCCAGCUGCGGCACCUACGGGCAGAACUUCGCAGAUGGGAUGGACCUUUGUCACUCGGUUCUGGGUCACACCCUGCAGGUGGCAGCUCCGGGCUCCCGUCAUUGCCUCAACAUCUCCAUCUCGGUGCUGCCACGUCCCAGACCCAGGCGACAGGUCUGGGAACCACCACGCUCCCGGCGCUUCCGCAACCCUCGCGCCUCCAUCAUGGACACCGCGGGCAGCGGGAGUGGCAGUGGAAGCGGCAGCGGCCCCUAGCGGGCGCCAGGCAUUAAAUGAAAGUCACUUCCCUGGGCCCGGCCCUCAAGAUACCCAGAGACCUACCUCUACCUAUUCCUCUCUGCUAGCUAGUUUCCAGUCCUGGCCCUCCAAUUCGGGGACCCCGUGAAGGGUGUCUCUCCAGGGUAUCUGAGAAACGACCCAACUCUUAUUUUUCUCUCCCCACUGAAUAAAGUUGCAGGAUGAAGCA